UGCCGCUCUGGGUUGGGCAGAGCACAGGAGGAGGAAGAGCGCGGCCGGCGCGGUGCCGAGCGAGCAGCACCGAGCCCGUGCCACGGGGACCGGGGGCACCGCGGUGGGCGCUGCGUGAUCCCCGAGUGCCGCCCCGGUGGGCAGCGUGGUGGGCAGGGAGCCGGUGUGACCCACCGGGGGAAGCCCGGCAGCAUCACGGCUCCGCUCCCGCUCGGCUGAACCCCAAAACUCCGCGGGAGUCUGUGAGGGACGGCUGCAGCCUCCGUGAUGAGCAUCCUCCGGACGCCCAGCCUCCCCCAGCUGCCUCCCUGCUGCUCCAGCCACGCUGCCCGGCCGCAGGGUACCCUGUCCCCAUGAGCAUCACCUCGGUGCCUCCCUGUCACCCUUCGGGACCUGCAGCCAGCACCACGCUGGGGUACCGGGAGCCCGCUGUCCCCUCGCCACUCCCUCCUACAGCCGCCGUGACCGCCAGCAGCCCCUUCUGAGCUGGAUGUGGCGCUGGGACGGGGACACGGCUCGGCAGGAUGGCGGCAGCAGGGUGGUACCACCGCGACAUCAGCCAGGUGGUGGCCGAGGAGCUGCUGGCCAGGGCUGGGCGGGAUGGCUCGUUCCUGGUGCGGGACAGCGAGUCGGUGAAAGGGGCAUAUGCCCUGUGCCUCCUGUUCCAGAGGCACGUCUACACCUACCGCAUCCUCCCCGAUGACGAGGGGCUGCUCUCCGUGCAGACCAUCCAGGGCAUCCAAGCCAAGUGUUUCCACACCCUCCCCGACCUGAUUGGUGCCUACCAGCACCCCAACAACGGGCUGGUGACCCCACUGCUGCACCCCGUGCACCGCCCAGGGCCGGAUGAGGACUCGGACGGGGAGGAUGCCCGGGGCUGGGGGCACACGGUGCCGUGUCCCGGUGCUCCCCCCUCCAGCCGGACCCACAUCCCGCAGCAGCUGCACCAGAGGCUGCAGGAGCAGCUCCACAGCAGCCCGGCCAGUGACUUCAUGGGCUUCGUGGCCGAGUACCUGACCCACCACGUGCACGACCUGGAGGCUCUGUGCCACCUCAGCGCCGCCCUCGCCACUGCCUGCCGGGCACUGCACAGUGAGAUCGACUUCACGCUGGCAGGUCUCGAGACCCUGGCCAGGGUGUUCGACCCCCCUGUGUCCCCUCACAGCCCGGCCAGGGAGCAGGGUUUCCUGAGCAGCGACCCAGACCUGGAGCUGCUCCUCAACAAGAUCUCCACUGUCAAUCACCUCCUCUCUUCGCUGGAGAAGAAGGUGCUGAAGUCGCUGCAGGAGACAGUGACAAGGCACAACCUGGCACUGCCCAGCAUGGCCGUAGCCCCCCUGCCAGCUGCCAGGCCCCUGGCCGUGCAGAACUUCGAGGUGAAGAUGGGCAAGUCCCAGCGUGCGGCCCUGAGGGUGGACGUGGAGUCGGGCACAGUGACCGUCAGCAAGCGGGGCAGCAGCUCCCCGGAGGAGCUGAUCCCACAGGACAAAAUCCUGCAGCUGAUCAAGUACCAGAGUGUGCAGAGCAAGGUGAGGCUGGUGUGUGCCCGUGAGAACCAGAAGAGCCUGAGCAGGGAUUUCGUCUUCCCCAACGCGCGGAAGAGAGAGGCUUUUUGCCAGCUGCUGCAGCUGAUGAAGAUCCAGCACUCCAACCUGGACGAGCCUGAGAUCAUCUCGGUCUAUGUCGGGACGUGGAACAUGGGCAGCACGCCCCCACCCCGCUCCCUGGCCUCCUGGCUGACCUCCAGGGGCUUGGGGCGCACGCAGGACGAGACCACGGCCUGCAUCCCCCACGACAUCUACGUCAUCGGCACCCAGGAGAACUCCCUGGGCGACCGCGAGUGGGUCGAGUUCCUCUGCGCCUCCCUCAAGAGCCUCAUGGCCAUCGACUACCGAGUGGUGGCUCUGCAGUGCCUGUGGAGCAUCAAGAUCGUGGUGCUGGUGAAGCCGGAGCACCAGCGGCGCAUCAGCCACGUCCACACCUCCAGCGUCAAAACCGGGAUCGCCAACACGCUGGGGAACAAGGGAGCUGUGGGCGUCUCCUUCCUUUUCAACGGGACCUCCUUUGGCUUCAUCAAUUGCCACCUGGCCUCUGGCAGCGAGAAGACCCACAGGCGUAACCAGAACUACAGUGACAUCCUGCACUCCCUGACCCUGGGGGACAAACGUCUGGGGGGCUUCGACCUCACCCUGCGCUUCACCCACCUCUUCUGGCUCGGGGACCUCAACUACCGCCUGGACAUGGACGUGCAGGACAUCCUCAGCCACAUCGUCAAGAAGGAGUUUCAGGCCCUCCUGGCUGUUGACCAGCUCAACCUGGAGCGGGAGAAGAACAAGGUGUUCCUGCGGUUCAGUGAGGGUGACAUCUCCUUCCCUCCCACGUACCGGUACGAGCGGGGCACCAGGGACACCUACGUGUGGCAGAAGUCCAAGCCCACGGGGGUGCGGAUCAAUGUCCCCUCGUGGUGUGACCGCAUCUUGUGGAAGUCACACCCAGAGACCCACGUGGUGUGUAACUCCUACGGCUGCACUGAUGACAUCGUGACCAGUGACCACUCGCCUGUGUUUGCCACCUUUGAGGUGGGAGUGAUGUCGCAGUUUGUGCCCAAGGAGGCUCCUGGCUCCAGCCCCGAGGCGCUGGCCUGCAUCGAGUGGGAGAGCGUUGAGGUGAUCCUGAAAACCACGAGCCGCAGCAAGUGCUACAUCGAGUUCCACUCCUACUGCCUGGAGGAGGUGCAGCGGAGUGGGGAGAACACCUUCCAGAACUGUGACAUUCCGGGGUUCCUCAAGCUGGGCUGGUCCUCCAAGCAUCUGCCUGUGCUGAACCCCAUCCUGCCCGACCUGGAGUACCUGGGGGACCAGCACCUGCUCCUCAGCUUCAAGGGCGUGGAGAGCUGCGAGUCCUACGGGGAAUGCUGCCUCGCCCUGAGGUCAGCGAUCGGCAGCACGGCCCGGCAGUUCGAGACCUUCCUGUUCCACCGUGGCGAGGAGACGGGCUCGGUGCGCGGCUGGAUGCGGGUGCGGGUGCCCCGGGGCCGGCGCGGCACCCGCGAGAAGCUCUACGAGUGGAUCAGCUUUGAGGAGGAGGAGGAGAAGGAUGCUGAGCCGGCGGCAGAGCCCCCGAUGUGCCCCGAGCCUGCCCCGCAGCGCCUCAGGAGCCGCCCCCGCAGCCUCCCGGAGCCGACCACCGACUACACCAACCCCGCCUACUUCAUCUUCGAGGGAGUGCCCACCGCGCGGCUCCCGGCUCCCGGAGAAGCCCCCAAGAAGCCGGCAGAGGGUCCGGCCGGGGGCCAGCAGUGCCGGAGCCCCGCUGGACCGCGGCUCCCGUUACCCUCGGAGGAGCAGCCGUGGUGUGACCGGCCCCGCUGUGGGCCACCGAGCCCGUCCCGUGGGCACCCACUCAGCGCCCCCAGGGCGGGCCACCACCAGAGACCCAAGUCGGCCGUCCUGACGAGGGACACGCUGGGACUGGGCGACUGCUCGCUGGAUGUGGCCACUCAGCUGGACCAGGCGUCAGCGCAGUGCAGGGGGGACAUCCAGGAGAUCUCACUGCGCCAGAGCCACCCGGUCCCGGAGCCGCCACCGCGGCCCUGCCGGGAGCCACCGAGGCCGCCGGGGAAGCGGGGGGCGCUCGGUGCUUCGGAGAUGGAGGUUCAACCUCCUCCUCCCGCCGACCUGCAGCCUGCCAGGAUAUAGCCACGGCUGUGCCCGGCCCUGUGCACCCCCGUGCCCUCGGCAGCUGCUCCCUCCUGCCCAGCCCUGCCCAGACGGUUCUCCCGGAGGUUCUUCCCUCCAGCACAGCUCCCGAGGCCGCUGCGCUGCUUCCCUUUGCUCUCACUAUCCAGAAUAAAGUGUCGGGGACCGGGUGCGCGUUUGCACACCUGGUUCUGCGAAAGGGCAAGGAGAAAAA